AAUGGCUAUGGAUCAUAAACCUCUGUCGUUUUCCAAUUCCCUAGCCUCUCCUAAUCUAAACUUCUUCCCUAUGCUUCCUUUCACUGCAAAACUGUGCAUGUCUUUGGUUUCCUUCUUCAUUUUCAUUCUUUCCUUCACUUCUUAUCAAGCCCCCCGAGUUCUAAAUCACGUCUUCUGAUGCUUUCCAAAGCCCCGACUGAAUUAUACAUUCCAUUAUUUGCAAAUAAACUCCAAAUUCUUGAAUUCUAUGUUUGGCUUCCAGAUUCGAUUGAUCUUUAGCGGGAACUUGCGACAUGAUAUUGUAUGUGAUGGCAAUGACCUUAACGUCCGAGGAUGCAAAGGAUUGGAGCUACAAAGGUGAAGGGGGUGCAAACAUUGUCUUGAGUUAUUGCGGAUCAACCCCAUUUCUGGUUGGCAAAGUAUUACGUGUUCACAAAGUAUCACGAGGCCAAACCCAGUCAUACAUUGAAUCUAAGAGAUUAUUUUCUUUGUCUGAACAACUCAUAUGGGGCGACAUUCCACAACUCAGUGAAUCUACUUCUAAAGAGACUGCUGAGAAAAUUUAUGCAGUACAAGUGAUGGGCCCUCUCUUAGACUCCAAGCUCAUUGAUGGAGGGGUACCCAUAUUUGUAACAAGGGAGUUCCUAGAGUCAGUUGAAAAGAGCAUUCAUACUCAGCGUCCUCAUUGGCGACUUCAUACAACGGAAGUUGACCUCCUCUCUCAUUCGGCACUGCUUAUGUCUGACCAUUCAGUUUUUUCUAAUGGUUCUCUUAAAGAUGAUGUAUGCAUAGCAGUGGAAAUAAAGCCGAAGUGUGGGUUUCUUCCAUCUUCAAAAUUCAUAGCCAAACAAAAUGCUGUAAAGAAGUUUGUAACACGAUUUAGAAUGCAUCAACUCCUGAAAUUUCAUCUUGGAGAGGCUUUGCUAAAUUUCAAUCUGGGACGUUUGGAAUGGUUUAUAUGGACUGUUUGGUUGUUUCAAGCAUGGGAUUUAUAUAGGCCCUGAUGGAUUUGAGGCUGAGUAUAAAUAAUAGAAACGGAGCUCAGACACCAAAACUCACUUAGAAGCUAGGGAGAGCUCUACAUGAGCCAAUCCUUCAUCUUCCAGUAUUUUCCUACAGUUUUACAUUGGUGUAUCAGCAAGAAAUGGAUGCUCUGGGAGGCAGAACUUGAACCCGAACAGCAGCUGUUACACACAUCAAUGGUGAAGAUGAAUUAUGCUGUUAGAGAUCAACGGAAAGGAUGCAAAAAAAGAGGUUAGUGGCUGCUCCUGAUCCAGGCAUAAUAAAAAUUCUACUUAUUCAUCAUUCACCACAUAUUAGCUAUUACUUAUCAUUUAUAU